GAUGCAAAUUUUUAUUAAGACUUUAGCUGGCAAGAAGGUUUCAUACAACAUAGAAGCUGAUAAUACAAUUCAAUAACUUAAAAUGCAAUUAUAAGAAAAAGAAGGAAUUAGCUCAGAAUAAUUUAAGGUAUGCAUAACAGACAUUCAAUUAUUUAGCUGAUAUUUAAGGGAAGACAUUUAUAAGAAGAAUAUAAAAUCUCUGAUGCUUAAAUGUCAGCUGGAGACACAGUCCAUAUGGUCAUUCAAUUGAGAGGUGGCUUUUGAGC